AGGCGCUGACGGAGGACGACAUCUACUGCCGCUGCCUCUCCAAGACCCUCUGCUACACGGCCACGCCCGUCACCGUCGGCUUCUACGCGCCCUGCGGCCAGCGCCUCUUCUCCCUGCUGGACAAGGUCACCGGUGCGUGUGGGGACACGGGGACACUCCCCGAGGGCUGGGGGCUGCUCCUGGCGCUCUGGUACCUGGCCUUCUACAAACCCAUCAUCACCGAGAGCCACCUGCGGAGGAAGAACAUCGAGUUCGUCUUCAUCCGCUUCAGCGCCUGGCAGUACGCCGGCUGCGACAAGCUCUGGGCCGGGCUGGUCACCACCUUUGACAGCACCCCCCACCGCUUCGGGGCGCUGCCCCUCAGCGUCUACCACGUCAUGGGCACGCGCCCGCGCUUCGCCUCCGGCUUCAGCCAGAAGGAGUGGGUCCUCAAAACCGGCACCUGCCUCCGCCUCUGGGGGCUGCUCCUCAUCCUCGCCGCCGGGCUCGCCGUGCUGCUGGUGGCUCUGCUGGUGCCGGGUCUGAAGGACCAUCGGGUCCUCAAGGUGGUGGGGAGCGCCGUCGCCUCGCUUUCCGGUUCCAGUUUGGUCCUGGGAAUUUUUUCCGUCUUGAAGAACUUGGUGGUGAGCGAGAAGAAGAAGAUCGAGCGGUUGACCAACAGCGACCGCUUCGCCAGCCAGCUGGGCUUCAUGAGCAAG